GUUAAACUCUGUCAAAGUGAAGCCAGAGCUGCCUUAGAGAAAAACCUUCUGAAGACCAACUAGAUUCAUCUUGUUCUUCUCAACAGCAGCCUCUAACACUGAGUUCAGACAUGUCUUCUGGCAGCAGUCUGAGGUCUGAAGAUCAGUUUCUGUGCUCCAUCUGUCUGGAUGUCUUCACUGAUCCAGUCACCACACCAUGUGGACACAACUUCUGCCAGACCUGCAUCACUCAGAACUGGGAUGUUAAUGUUCACUACAAGUGUCCCCUGUGCAAAGAACAUUUCACUACUAGACCUCAGCUGAGAGUCAACACCUUCAUCAAAGAGAUGGUUGCUCAGUUCAGACAUGAAGCUCAGCAAGAAGCCAUCAGCAGCAGCAUCUCAGAGCAACAAGCUGCCAAACCAGGAGAGGUUCCCUGUGACGUCUGCACUGGAACCAAGCUGAAGGCCCUGAAGUCCUGCCUGGUGUGUCUAAGCUCCUUUUGUCAGACUCAUCUGGAGCCUCAUCUGACAGCUCCACCUCUGAAGAAACAUCAGCUGAUGGAGCCUGUGGAGAACCUGGAGGACAGGAUGUGUCUGCAGCACGAUAAACCUCUGGAGCUGUUCUGUAGGACCGACCAGACUAGUGUCUGCAUGUUCUGCUCUGUUUUAGACCACAAGAACCAUGAGUUGGUUCCUCUGAGAGAACAAUCUGAAGGAAAGAAGGCAGAGCUGAGGAAGACAGAGGCUGAAGUUCAGCAGAUGAUCCAGAACAGACGAGAGAAGAUUCAGGAGGUCAAAGAGUUGGUGAAGAUCAGUAAAGAUGCUGCAGACAGAGAGAAAGCCGAAGGUGUUCAGAUCUUCACUGCUCUGAAGGAGUCUGCUGAGAGAUGCCUGAAGGAGCUCAUAAAGGAGAUUGAAGACAAACAGAAAACUGCAGAGAAACAGGCUGAAGGCUUCAUUAAAGAUCUGGAGCAGGAGAUCUCUAAGCUGAUGAAGAGGAGGUCUGAGGUGAAGCAACUCUUACAGUCUGAAGACCAUCUCCACCUCCUCCAAAGCCUCUCCUCCCUGAAAGUUGCUCCACCCACCAAGAACUGGACAGAGGUCAGAGUUCGUCCACCAUCAUAUGAGGGGACUGUGGUGAGAGCUGUUGCUCAGCUGGAGGAGAAGAUCAGAGAGAAGAAGAUGAAGAAGCUGUUGAAGGCUGAGAUGAAGAGGGUCCAGCAGUUUGCAGUAGAUGUGACUCUGGAUCCUGAUACAGCUCAUCCUAAACUCAUCCUGUCUGAUGAUGGAAAACAGGUUCACUGUGGGAAUAGAAGAAAGGAUCUUCCAGACAACCCAGAGAGAUUCUCUCAGUGUGUGGAUGUUUUAGGACGUCAGAGUUUCUCUUCAGGCAGAUUUUACUUUGAGGUUCAGGUUGAAGGAAAGACUGACUGGACUUUAGGAGUGGCCAGAGAGUCCAUCACCAGGAAGGGAACAAUCCCACUGAGGCCUCAAAAUGGUUUCUGCACUGUUGUGUUGAGAAAUGGAAAUGAGUACAAAGCUCUUGCUCGACCUUCAGUCCGUCUCCAUCUCCAUCCUGGUCCUGAGAAGGUGGGGGUGUUUGUGGAUUAUGAGGAGGGUCUGGUCUCCUUCUAUGAUGUAGAAGCUGCAGCUCUGAUCUACUCCUUUACUGGCUGCUGCUUCACUGAGAAGAUCUACCCAUUCUUCAGUCCUUGUAAUAAUAAUGAAGGUACCAACUCUGCUCCUCUGAUCAUCUGUCCUGUUAACCAGGCUGAUCGUUGCUCUGAUGAAGCUCCAUGAACAAAGAACUUGUUGGUGAAACACCUCCACCCUGAGGGACUGUAGGUGAAGUCCUGCUGGUGAAGAGGUGAGCUUGGAGACGACCUCAACAGGAAGUCAACAGUUCAGCUCCCAGCUGGAUUAUUUCUGCUUCUCUGUUUCUCCACAUUUUCAGCUUCUGAUCGAUUCUGAUGAAUAAAAAUGUUUCUUUCAUUGUUGUUCUGCUGGUUCCAGAUUGUUUCCUUUUACUUGUUUCAUCGUCUAACAAUAAAACUAUUUCUGGCUGCAAGCAAACAGUUCAACCUUCAUCAAAUGAAACUGAUUAUGUUUCCUAUAACAGCAACAGAACAUUUAAAGCCUGUUUUUCCUUUAGUUCUGGUUCAUGUUGGGUUUGUCAUGUAAAUAUAACGUGAUGAUUGAUGAAUAAAAUGUAAACUUGUGGAA